UGAGGCUAAUGAUCCCGACGUUUAAUCAUUUUGCUUCAGCAAGUAAGGUUGCUUAAAUAAUUUUCUUAACUGCCCAAAUGCCUACAGAAUCCAUGAAUCCAACAUAAAAGAUUGCAACUUGUCACUGCAGUCCAAAUGAAGGAACUCAAGAACUUGCCAUAAACACCAGCAAAUCCUCUUAUGGCAGGAAGCCAAGUUUUGAAGCCUUUCAUUAUCAUUUAGUUUGGAAAAAGCAAGGGAAAAAAAUAACAUGGAUUUCAAGAAGGACUAUCUUGAUUUGAUAUUGGUUCCUAGUGGCUUGCUGAUCAUGUUUGGUUAUCACCUCUUUCUUCUAUACAGAUAUCUCAAUCUCCCUCACACCACAGUCAUGGGUUUUGACAAUAAUGACAAAAGAGCUUGGGUUGAGAGAAUUAUGCAGGCAGAUAAAAGAGAUGCCAGUAUUGCUCUAGCUGUUAUAGCUUCCAAUACUUCAGCAGCAACUUUUCUAGCAACAGUCUCCUUAACUCUCAGCUCUCUAAUUGGAGCAUGGCUAGGGAACUCCUCCAAUAACAUCUUCCAAAGUGAAUUAGUCUAUGGAGACACUAGUUCUUCCACCAUUUCCAUCAAGUACAUAAGCCUCCUCACUUGUUUUCUCCUAGCUUUCUCAUGCUUUGUUCAAUCUGCAAGACACUUUGUGCAUGCUAAUUAUCUCAUAAGCACACCAGACAGUGACAUACCUGUGAAAAAUGUGGAGCUUGCUGUCAUAAGAGGAGGUGAUUUCUGGUCUCUUGGACUUAGAGCACUGUAUUUUGCUCUUGAUUUGCUUCUCUGGUUUUUUGGUCCUAUACCCAUGUUUGUUUCCUCUGUUAUUAUGGUAAUAAUUCUCCAUUACCUUGACACUAAUUCCACGCCGUUGCACCGGUAUCGACCGCCGGAGAGUCAGAUGAUCAAAAGGGUUGGUGAGAUAUUAUCUGAGGUAGUUGUUGACAUUGAAGAACAUCUUGUUAAGUGAGAGUUCAAUCCAAACAAAUUUACCAUGGUUCUAUUGAUUUGGGAACCAAAUUCUCUGCCAGUCAAUUCAAGGGUAUUAUGCUGUUAAUUUAUGAACAGAGAAGUUAAAUCUUAUUUGCAUGGAAAUUCAAUCCUAUGCUAUUGCCAUUGGGUACCAUUCUUUUUUACCAUUAAAGACGGGAAAAAUCAAUAUAAAUAUAUUUUAUGUGAGAUUCUU